AUGGAAAAGUCGGACACUUGUGCCUGCACCCCAGAGGAAUUACUGGACAUCAUCACGUUCCCCUGCGGGGGCCUCACCAUGUUACCCGACACAGCUUGUGACCACGUGCACCCAAACAUUAUAAUCAGCGAAGAAGGCAUUGCCCGGAAUAUCUCCGUGUUGAGGAGACUGAAGGUAACGCAUGUGCUGAAUGCUGCGCACGGUCCUCAAGAGUUCCAGGUGAACACAGACCCUGCCACCUACACCAAAGCCAGGAUUAAGUUUCUUGGAGUGGACGCCAUGGACUUUCAGAAUUUCCAGCUGGCGCCGUUCUUUGAAGAAGCGGCGGAAUUUAUAUCUGACGCUGUAAAAAGUGGCGGUCAGGUACUGGUACACUGCCGUCAAGGGAUUAGUCGGUCAGCCACUUUGGUCCUAGCCUACCUCAUGCUGAAGGAGGGCAUGCGCGCCAGGGAUGCUGUCAGGGCCGUGCGGGACAAAAGGAACAUAUGCCCUAACGACGGCUUCUUGCAGCAGAUCUGCGACCUUGACCAACAGCUAUUACAAAAGGGACAUUUCAACAACCUACCUGAUCUGGCAGAGGGAAAAUCAAACGCCAAUAUCGAAGUGGAAAACAAAGGUGGACAAGGUCAAUGAAGGUCGUAACGAUCUCCAGGGAGUGUGGAAUUUCUGUGUGCUAACCAUUAUAUUCAACGUGAUCUUUCUCAGGGGUUAAAAAUGUUACUAACUGAGAGUGAAACCUAUACGUGAUUUGCAUUUUUCCAAAGAAAGACACCAACAGUAAAAGGAAGACCAUCUCAGAACUGUUCCAGUAAAAGUGUCGAAUUUCUGGUAUGUAUUUAAUGUAUGCCUGGAAGUAGACAGCAAAAAUGGACGUCCCGGACGAAUAAUCGCAAGUCCAAUUCCACAAAGAGACGCUUAGAAUAUCAGACAACUAAGAAGUUAUAUAAAGUUCGAAAUUAGGACGGAAACGUUCAAAGAAAAGUUUUGCAAAGACCAGUUCGGUGUGCGAUGAUACAAAUCUAGCGGGCUAAACCUUGUAACUGGAAGGUUAGACCAGUGCGUGUAUAUAGUCACCAAAAACAAGUAUACGUGUACAUAUUUAUACUCAUUAUGUCCACGUCUUGACCUUGGUAAUGUAACGAAUGUUUCUGCUGUAUAUGUGUCUGUAAAUUGGCGUGAAAUAUUUUCUAGACUUCUACAGUUUAUAUAAUGGGAACUCACCAAAGAAACGGAUUUCAAAGAGACUCAUCUGCAUGAGUUGAAGUGAUGUGCCAGUAAAUAAAACGUUAGAUUAGCUCUUCGGCAAGUCUCUUCAGUGGGAACUUAUUAUUUUUGUUUCUUAUUUUAUUUUGUAACGUCUUUUCUAAUAAUUGUAAUAAUAUCUUUUUUGCAAAAUAACAAAACACAGUCUUCUAUAUUCAGUGAUGUAUUGUAAACAAAAAAUCUGUUUAGAAUUAUGGUGCAACAGGUCUGAAAAUAACUUUUGAGUCGUGGGCAGCAAGCUACAAAACCCAUUUAGUCCAUCUUGUGACUUGCAGUUUCUCUAUGUGUUAUUUGCAUUUUCGGUUCGUGAAGUCACGAUGAACUGUUUACUCCUGACUAAAUGGGAGUUGAUACCUGAUAAUGUUCUAGUCAGGCUGCUUAUUUUUGCAAGCUUGCCCUGACAGUCUAAUUUGAACACAUCAGAUGAUGACUAAGUUGUUCGCAGGUAUAAUGGUUUAGGAUUCACAUUAGUUUCAUCGUUCAUUGUAUCAUACUUGGAGUCAUUGUUUUCUUCUUGCACAGGGUCCUUGUUUCCUUACGGGCAUGGUGCUGGGUACCGGGUAUUAAAACGGGAAAGCCUUUUAGACGCUUUUUUGUUUUUGUUUGUUUUAAUUACUCUUUGCUCUACGUUUAAAGGUUGUGUACUUUCUACUACAGAAGCUUCAUCAGCGGGCACCCAACUUUUGAGAGAUGUCAAAUCGCUCAUUUUUGUUAAAAAGAGGUUUGUAAUUCUGCACCAUGUGAAUAUUUUGGUCAAAAUAUGUACAUUUGACUAGUGGAGUUUUUACAUCUGUUAAUUACAACUCUUCGUUUGUUUUAAAAACCAGCUCUAUCGAAACUGCGUGUUAUUUGAAAGAUAUCGUUACACGAAAUGAUCUGCCCAGUACUUACAGAAAUGCAUAUAUAUUUUACAUUUUUUCAGCCUUAUUACUAAUUGCAUUCUAUUUACCCGAACGAAAUAAUAAUGAUAUAUAUAAAAAAUGAUACAAAAUCGACUAGUAUUUUUAUUGGGUUAUUAUUUAACAUAUGUAGUUAUGAAGAUGGGAAUGAAUCUGAUUAAUUAGUAUAUCUUGUUCCUCUAGUUAGA